UGGCGUAAACUUCUUGAAUUUUUCGUGUUUAUCAUCAGAAAAAACGCAAUUCUGUUAUCUAUAUUCGUUGUAUAAUAAUUUAAAUGCAUCAGAACCAUGCCAUGGUAUUUCCCCUGGUCGGAUUCUAUCAAAAAGCGGGCCUGCAGGUACCUGCUGCAGCAUUAUUUGGGCCAGUUCCUGCAGGAAAAAUUGACACUUGAUCAGCUGAGUGUUGACCUGUACAAUGGCACAGGCACCAUCAGAAACCUCAACCUGGAUGUCUGGGCCCUGAAUGAACUCCUGGAAAACUCUCAUGUACCAGUGGAAAUCGUUGAUGGAUAUGUCAGCAAAAUCAAUGUUGGGAUUCCAUGGUCGGCUCUCAACAAUGACAGCACCACAAUGGAGAUACAUGGCCUGGAGCUUACACUUCAACCAAAAGAAAGAGCCCCAGAGGCCCCAGGGCCAGUUGAUCCCAGUAUUAUGCUUGAUUCAUGGAGUAUGACAACAAGCCUGCAGCUUGCCCAGGAAUGUCUCAAACAGGAACCAUCAGAAGGGGAACAGCAGGCAGAAGGAGCACAGCCAUUCGAAGGAUUGGAGAUGUUUGCUCAAACAAUAGAAUCAGUAUUGUCCCGAAUCAAAGUAUCAUUCAUUGACACUGUGGUCAGGAUAGAGCAUCUCCCAAAGGAAUGCAAAUCUGGUGUAGCUCUUGAAAUGAGAAUUAAAAGGAUCGACUACUUUGAUGACCAAGUGACUGACCAAGGUACAUCCAUAGACAAGGGCAGCGCCAACACGAGGAGUAUAUACGAACCUGCUGCCGUACAAAAUAAGAACUUUCGCGUGAUGGGUGUCACGUUUUACUGUGAUCAAUUCCCAGAGUCAAAUCGGACAUUUUCGCGGAGUACAUCAACAUCAACUUCAUUCGAUUCAUCAUCCCCACUUUCACCAAAGACCAGCCAACCAAUCUUAACCCAACCCAACAUCGGCUCAGCUCAGCCAACAGCCGGUAUGAGUCAAUCGUCCACCACAUUAUCAGAAACCAUUAAAAUAGCUGAACUUGCCGGCCAACAAGAAAUCAAGAUCAAGCUUAAACAGAGUGAGGCAUUGCCUGGGCCAAAGCUUGAGGUCAACUGUAAUCUGAUGGCAUUGAAGGUGCUACUGUCACCCAAACAGGUGCACAUAUUGCUACAACUUGUCAGUGGGCUUUCAUCACCAGGAACCUGUGAUAACACCAACAUAAAACCACGUAGUGCCAGCGACAAACCCAUGCAAGCAGACGACUAUAGGAAAGUGGAACAGGAUCUGCAGACACAGCUCCAGAAUACUCAUGUUCAGUACCGGCAGCCAACAUCACUCAAGCAGCAGAUGUGGCGCGACGACCCAUUGGGAAUGUUGGGAGAGUCUUUGGAAGAUGAAGAGAUUUAUUAUUCAAUGGGUCUCGGUGGACAUGGGUCCACUGAUAUGGACGCAUCGAUAUCGAGCCAGCACAGUAGUAGCAGUAUCAGGUCUACCAGUACGGUUGGAUCAUCUUGUUACCAGUAUAGUUAUGGUGCAGGAUACAGAUCAAAACCAGAGUCGCCUUUCAAGGCGACAAUACCAAGAGCUGCCAUGGUCAGAAAGCCAGGCAGGUUGAAAAGUAAAGAUCAUCUCCAGAAGCUCCUCGAUGAUCCAGCAGCAGAACUCACUCGUUACAAGCUGAAACUGACCUACUUCUCUCUGACCAUCCUCCACGAGGAUCCACCCCCAACACCAUCUGAUGGCAUCGACCCCGGCGUAUCUUCCGUUGAGAAACUCAAGACGAUAUCAGAGAAAUUCUUUGAUGAACUGCGUCUUGUUCCUGACCGCAGUGCGCUUUUCGAUCUUGAGCAGUUGAGGGAGAAAUAUGCUGGGGCUUGCCCACAUGAUCAUAUCAAUUGUGUUGGCAAACCUCUCAAUGUCGAGUGUAACCAGAAGUCCUCAUCAGCCUUCCUCACAAUGAGUGCGGCCUUCUCCAUUGGUAUGUUGGAGAUCAUCGAGACACUAUUCGACCGUCGGAACUUCACAUCGUCCAGUCCACUCGGCUUUAGUCUUCCUGUUGAUGCUAGCACGCCAUAUUAUAGCGAGUUAUUGGUUUUCCUUCGUGAUAUCUGUGAGACCCAUGAAUACCCGAGCCUCCAAGCCGUGCCAUCACCCUGUAUCAAGAUCAAGAUCAACAACUAUGAGAAGAAUAGAGCAGUGGUAUCUCGGCCGUCCUCCCAGCUGCCGAGGACAGAAGUCCAUCUGGAGCUUGGCUGGUUGAAAUCGGAGAUCGACUGCACGAUUAUUGAUAGGAUCCACUCGUUGCUGAACCCUGAACCCCUGGUCAAGUCCAAUGAUAACAAUGGUGCUCGAUACUGGUCUAUCCAUCCGAACGUUAAUGUGAAUAAACAGUCGUAUUUCAGCAACGCCAUGGAGGAGGGUAACUCAACUGUGGAUAGAAAAGUGGAUGUCCAUAUCACUUCACCACAGGCCACACUGCUCAUCAGAUUCCCGAUCCCCGACUUGAGGCAGGGCCAGCUAGGAGACAAAUACCCCUGGUGGAAGAGGACCCUUAGGACCGAGAUGCUGAUCAUAGAGCUGUCAGACACUGACCUUCACACUUGUUACAACACGUCAGAUCUCCAGCAUACUGUGGAGCUCACUACCAGGGAGUUACAUGGCUUGUUUCAAGAGCAGCCGAACGAACCACCCAUCUCUUUCAUCAGGGUUAGCCAGGGUUCUGAUGAAAGUCCGACUGGCGAUAACCAGGAUGGAUUUGAUUGGCCAAGGAUUGUGUUUAAGACGAUGCCGCGUCACCAGUCAAGCCUGAUGGAGCAGGACCCAGACAGUGAUGAGAUGCCACAGCAAGACUCGAUGGACGGCUUCUGUCAGUUCUCAAAGGUCGACCCAUCACCUUUCUCCAACAAGAAGCACCACUAUGAAAAUGAAGAGAUGGUGAUGCCAGGAGAUCGCCAAGAGAUGAACGACUUCCAGGAAAAGUCUGCAGCCAACACCCUCAAGUCUUUAGAGAUCACUGCCCCAAAUGUCAACGUUCUCCUACCAAGUAAAGAGUUCUAUGAGCUCAUCUAUAACAGAAUCAAUGGUGACUUACUGAUGUGGGAAGCACAGGCCCCAUCCCCCAUCACCACGCAGGACCAGCUUGCUUACUCCAUGCCAGGAGUUGGUCUAGACCCAUACCUAGACUACGGCCAUGAGAGGUUCGACAUGUGCAGGUCUGGCUACCCUGGAGAUUCUAGUUCUGAUAGUGAGGAAAGUAAUGGUCAGUUCUACACCAUCCACGAUCAGAAGGAGCGUCAGAAGAGAAUUAAGCACCAAACUCUCCAGCUUAGACCGAGUAAACUCUGCUUGACUUUGACCAUAGGACAAGGAAAGCUAACAGCUUGUAUGCCAGUCAAGGAUGAGGGAGGAGAGGUGAUCAAGGAUAUGUGUGGAGAGCUUGUCAUGGAAGUCGGGGAUUGUGAGGUAUUCUGUGUGGUCGGUCACAGUGGCAACCCUGACCUCCAGUACCUUUGUAUCCAUUCAAACAAGGCACAGAUCUUCCAUGCAGGCUGGUUGCCAAUGCCCACAGCGUGGCCGAUGAUUGAGCGAGCAUGUCCGGUGAUGUCUCGCCGCACAGAUCUCCAGCCAACCUUGUACAGAUCUGAACCAGGUGUCUGCACAAAGCUGUCGGGGGCAGUGGGCUCGGGGGGUGAUAGUCUCGAUAUGCUGUCAGUCGCUGUCAAGAUUACACUGGAUACAUUCAGUAAUGUCAAGACAAGUGGAGAAGAUGAAACGGAACCGAAAAGGUCACACAAGGAGUUCCUAGUUGCUGUUGGAGUCCGGGGCGCCACCUUACAGCACAGGUUUACACCGUCUGAUAAAAGCUGGUUGCAUCAGGUGCUGGAUUUCCUCGAUGUGAAAGACUACCCGAUCCUUGGUUACACGAUGCCUAAAGUGGUGACGGUCCUUCAUGCUCACUUCUGGAGCUGUGCAAUAGACUACAGACCCAUGUACAUUCCACUACGGUCGAUGGUCACUGUUGAACACUUCAGUAUAUCAAGUAACAUCAUAGCGGGGUCUGAUACAUCUCUGCUCAGAUUCAUGGUCGACGACGCAGCAUUGUUUCUCUCCGAUAAAGUCAAAAAUGGUGUCGACCUCAAGAAAAACUACGUCUGUGUUUUAGAUGUUGGUCUCUUUGAACUCUCUCUCAUUACCAGUGAUGGCAAAGACACGAAGUACCCCAAAAUAGACCUGAAAGCGUCCAACAACAUCAUCCACAUACGAACGUGUGCCGAUAGCUGUCGGGCCUUACAACAGCUUAUCCAGUACGUGGCCAGUGACAGCGACUUGGCUCACAAAGAUGACACUCAAGACAAGUCUAUUCCACCUGAAGUGCCUCCUCUGUCCAAACCCCCGGAGAGUUUACGAUCUGUACCGAUGACGGAAUCCAAGAUGGAGGAGGUGCAUGACAUGAUGGUGGAUGCGAUGAGGGAGUCGUCAGGGUCAUCGAGCCCAGAGUCACAAGAAAAGGCCAGGCAAAGAAGAGAUUCUGCCACAGAGGUUUUCUUCUUCCCAGACGACAACCGUCCUGCUACAUCUGGGCAGCCAGCUCCCCACCAUAUCAACGUUGUGAUGGAGGAGAGUCAUGAGUCAGUGUCGAGUAGCACCAUAACAAAUGAGACGGACAUGUAUAGUGAUGAUGAGGAGGAGUUCUGUAUCAUUGAUGACCCCGGACUUGGCAUUAUUCCUCGAGAUGGGGAGCCAGUUAUUCGUGUCCUGGUCGAUGAACCCCUCGUUAUCAAGGACGAUCACUUUGCUCGUCCCCUGGGGAGGGCUGACCAACUCAAGGCCCCCGAGUCGUUCCCGGCAGCGGUUUAUAGAUACACCCUGAAGGAGAUGUCAUUGGUGUGGCACAUGUAUGGAGGCUCCGAUCUGGCUCCUGGCAGCCAUGAGAAAAAGGAUAAGAAGAUUUCAAUGUAUGGCACAAGAGUGUCGUAUGGGAAGGCUACCAAGGAGUCGAAGUCGGCCAAGAUACCUUGGCAACAUCGAGGAGGACCUGGGAGGGACCAUAAAGUCUUAAUGGAAUUACAGAUGAAUAAGGUGCGCUUGCAGCAUGAAGUCUACCCCGAGACGACAGAGCAAGCAUCACGUCAGAUCUUCCUUGUGCAUGAGAUUGAGAUCCGAGACCGCUUAGCUACCUCUCAGAUUAACAAGUUCCUCUACCACUACACAUCGGAGUCCAUGCCAAGGCAGUCACAUGCACAUAUGGUGAUGGCGAAGGCAUUGCACGUCCGAAGCAAUCUGAAUGUUCCCAGCCAGAAGGAAUGCUCCCUCAAGGUGUCCAUCCUGCCUCUCAGACUCAACGUGGACCAGGACUCUCUCUUCUUCCUGAAAGACUUCUUCAACAAAGUGUCGGUGGGUGAGAGCAAGUUGCAUGCCGACAUCCCCAACCCUGUUCCAGCCGAUGUGGUCUCCACCAGUCCAGCCAAGCCUUCUUCCCUCCCACCUGUCAUGAGCCUGGGGAGCUCCAGCCCUGAGAUGACGCAUGUGGACCCCCAGCAGAUGUUGAUAGUGUUUGAUGAACUGGCUGAAGCAGCAGAAGACAAGGAGGCCGAGCUGGAUGCAGAGGAUGCAGAUGCCUCUCCUCUACCACCGGUCUUCUUCAAAUCGUUCGUCUUCUCCCCCGAUGUGUUGAUCCGCCUCGACUACCAGGGAAAGAGAGUGGACAUGGGUCAGGGUACAGCUGCUGGUCUGCUAAUAGGCCUGGCCCAGCUCAACUGCUCCGAGCUAAAGCUCAAGAGAAUUUGCCAUAAACAUGGAUUACUUGGUGUUGACCGCCUGAUGCUUCAUGCUGUGAACGAAUGGAUCAAUGACAUCACCAAGAACCAGAUCCCUAACAUUCUGAGUGGAGUCGGGCCGAUGCAUUCCUUCGUACAGUUAGUGCAGGGUAUUCGUGAUUUGUUCUGGUUGCCCGUUGAGCAGUAUCGGAAGGACGGCCGGAUCUUCCGUGGUAUACAACGUGGUGCUAACUCUUUCGGGACGUCAACUGUGAUGGCUACACUAGAGCUGACUAACAGGAUGGUACAGUCAGUUCAGUACGUUGCUGAGCUGACAUAUGACAUGGUAUCCCCGGGACCAAGUUGUAAGAAACUUGGUAGGAAAUCCUACCGUCGCCAUAAAAGAAUGAACCAACCGUCUGACUUCAGGGAAGGCAUUGCCAAUGCUUACACUGUCGUUAAGGAGGGUAUCUCUGGAACUGCUGACAAUAUUGUACGAGUCGCCCAAGAGGAGCAUGAACAUAAAGGAAUGACGGGUGCGGUGGGUGGCGUUCUCCGACAGAUUCCACCAACCAUUGUUCAGCCGUUCAUCCUGGCAUCAGAGGCGACGGCCAACGUUCUAGGUGGGAUGAGGAACCAGCUGCUACCGGAUGCGAGAAGAGAGGAGGAGGAGAAAUGGAAGCCAGAUUCAUAAUUGGUUCCACUCGCUGGAUUUGUAAAACACUUGAAUGAACAGAAACAUAAUGUCACUAUCGUCUUCACCAGAUUUCUCAUCUAAGAAUGUCUUGGACCUUUCAUGACUGGGAAAUGGAAAUAUUUCGGUGGAAUUUAUUCUUAGACCACUUGUAACUUCUAAUCUAUGAGUUCCAUUGCAUACAAAUCGUACCUGUCUGGCUGUUGGCCCUGACGUAGCCAAUUCAACAGUUUUUUGUCACCAAAACCUGUGUUUAAUCAGUUUAUGAUAGGUCACUGUUCUGGACCGGAGGACACGUUAGGCUUGAUGUGUUUAGGUCUUACGCACCAACCAAUCAAGGUCCUUGUUAAUUCUACUUUCAGCAUGGUUGUGAUUCAGCACACUUUGAUUUGAAUUGAUGUUUGACCGUGUUAGUAAAUGUCCAAACUUGGCUUCCAGGGCUUGGUUGUUCAAGACCCCAUUAGCUGUAAGGGAAUUGUCAAGUCUAACAUCUUUAAGGAUACUAAGGUAACCUUGGAAAAGAACGUGCACUUUGUGUUUUUGACCAACCUGGCGAUAAUGUGUACGGGGUAUAUGUAGUUACUCAAUGUGCAUGACUGUCCAUGUAGCUAUAUGCAAUCAAUGUUGAUGUCUUCUGAGUUCUACAAGCUGAGCUAAUACUGUUGUGAUCAUUUUGCACCAUCGAAUCUAGAAUACGUCCUUCUUGGACUUCCAAAAAUCCUGGACCAUUUCCUCCUCAAAGAAUUCUGAAAAUGUUUCAUUAAUAUAAAGGGCUUUCACUGUCCAGGCUGUCCACAUAUUGAACAAAUUUGUUGUGAUGUAAAACACCUAUUCAGAAAUCCUGAAAUAUUUAUAAUGUUUAGGAUCUGAUAGGAGUUUAGUCUCUUUAGUUUGAGAGUUGGAGGCCAAAGCCAGCCUUCUGUACACCUCUGUACCGCCUUUCGGAAAGUUGUUGAGAUGAAUUGUUCUCAUAGGUAGGAAGUUUGUCCCCUGGUGCUGUUGAAGUGAGGAUAUAAACAUGAAAAGUGCCAAAGAAACCAUUAUGUUUUGUUUCUAAAUUAGGGUUUAUUUAGGAAUCGAGUGGAACCUCCCUCAGGGGACACCUCUCUAUUAAGUAGAACCUCUCUAUUAAGGACACUAGUUGUGGUCCCAAAGUGGUUGUUUCCAUUCAUUUUGACCUCUCUAAUAAAGACAGCACUUGUCAGUCCCAAGGGUGUCCUUAAUAGAGAGGUUCUACUGUAUGUGAAUAUAUCGGUCGGACAGUUUGUUGACUAGAAAUGACUAGAUGUAGAUAUCAGUUGUAUAAAGUGCUGGUGUACAGCACUACAUGAGGACCAGUUGUUUAGUUUGAUUACUAGAAUGCUUGACAGAUUUUGUAUGUCAAAUUUCAGAUAAUGUGUUCACACUGGUGUGUAUGUGUGUAUGAUUGUAUUGUGUAACAUGUGUAUAACACUUCAGUUCAUGGGAAUAAUUUUGAAGUCUAACUUAUUUCUUGUCUCUUUAUAAGACAGAAGUGUCUUUGCUUAAAUGUUACCAGAAGUAGUAUUCCUCACUUAACAAAUAGUCUGAGAUAACUUAGUCGCCUGUGAUGAGCUUAUGUGACAUCCUAACCUCUGUCAUUGUUUCAAUGGCAAAUAUGAGACCCAUAUCUGUAAAGUAUCCUACAGUUAAUAAUGUACAGAUACAGUGGAACCUCUGUUAGCGGACAUCUCUCUAUUAAGGACAACCUCUCUAUUAAGGACACUAGUUUUGGUCCCAAAUUGGUUGUUUCCAUUCAAUUUGACCUCUCUAAUCAGGACACCUCUCUAUUAUGGACAGCACUUGUCAGUUCCAAGGGUGUCCUUAUUAGAGAGGUUCUACUGUAUAUCUAUUGUUAAAAUCAUGGCACCCAGAUAUCUGUACUGCUUGCAUCCUGAAGAUACCUUACUGUAAAAUAGCAUGUUAGUCACGUUGAAUUUCGGGGUGUGUUUUCAUGUACCAAACUAUUUCAGAAGAAUAUUGGCAUCUCUAGCUGAGGGUAUGUAGCCUGUAUUCGCAUCCGUAGCCCUGGCUGAUGGUAGCACAAGGACCACUUCAUGACUCAUGUACUGCACAUUUUCAGAAUGGUUGUUAGUCACAUUAGUUAAAGGGAUGGAUAUUGUAGCGGUUGGAGUGUUUGUACUAUAAACUUGGUGGUGACUGCUUUGGGUUUUUUCGUAAUAAUCCUCACAAGCCUCACUGAUUUCAGUAAUGACAGCUUACUCUUCCUUUCCUUUGUUGAGUCAUUUAUCACUUUUCUUUCAAGAGUUGAUCAUGUGACUCUCCACUCAGAAAACAAACAGUUCUUCUCAUUUGCUGACGCUUCUGUAUCAUUUUUGUACAUAAUGUACAUUGUAUGCAAAGUUUGCUUGAAUAAAUUUGUAUAUAUUGA